CCUCGGUCUGUUAGUUUCCGCCCACAAAGUUACUCAGCCAGGUGACAGCUGAGCCAGCAGAGGAAAAGCACGGCUGCUCUCUACGCAACCAAACAGACCAAAUAACGAUACGUCUCCGCCAAACCAAAGUCUAGUACAAACACGCACUUAAUCAUUACGUAUACUAUCUAUUUUUUGUGCUUCUUCGGAAAGCCCGUCUUUCGCUGGUUGUUGCAGAGCUAGCAGGACAUCGGGGACGCUAGCUUGUGACGGUUGCUACCGGAGAAGACUCAACGGUCGGUUGUAUUUCUGUCCAGGUAACGUCAGACAGCCGCUGAGAAUAUGUCAGAGCCGGCCGGGGAUGCGAAGCUGGAGGUGAAACAGGCGAGCAAAGAAGUGAAAGAGAGCGAAAACGUGGCGGAGAAAUACUCUGCCAUGACCGUAAGCAAGAACAGCGAGAUGAACAUGGGAGAGCUGUCGACGGUCUUCAGCGCGGUGCCCACUCACAAACCUGUCAAAAAGCAAAUCCAGUUCGUGGAGGACAAGCAGGAGUUCAGCAGGUUUCCCACUAAGACGGGACGCCGCUCCCUGUCCCGAUCCAUCUCUCAGUCGUCCACAGACAGCUACAGCUCUGCUGCAUCCUAUACGGACAGCUCUGACGAUGAGACCUCCCCACGGGACAAGACACAGGUCAACACGAAGGGCAGCAGUGACUUCUGUGUCAAGAACAUCAAGCAGGCCGAAUUUGGCAGACGUGAGAUUGAAAUCGCAGCACAAGAUAUGUCAGCACUGAUCUCACUGAGGAAGAGAGCGCAGAGUGAGAAACCAUUGGCGGGUGCCAAGAUUGUGGGCUGCACUCACAUCACUGCCCAGACUGCAGUGCUGAUUGAGACUCUGGUGGCUCUCGGUGCUCAGUGCCGAUGGACUGCGUGCAACAUAUACUCGACACAGAAUGAAGUAGCUGCUGCUCUGUCAGAGACGGGUGUGGCUGUGUUUGCCUGGAAGGGGGAAUCUGAGGAUGACUUCUGGUGGUGUAUUGACCGCUGUGUCAACACUGAGGGCUGGCAGCCUAACAUGAUCCUUGAUGAUGGAGGUGACUUGACACACUGGAUGUACAAGAAAUACCCGAAUGUGUUCAAGAAGAUCAGGGGCAUUGUGGAGGAGAGUGUCACUGGGGUUCACAGGUUGUAUCAGCUGUCUAAAGCUGGAAAACUGUGUGUGCCAGCCAUGAAUGUCAAUGACUCUGUGACUAAGCAGAAGUUUGACAACCUGUACUGCUGCAGAGAGUCAAUCCUGGAUGGCUUGAAGAGAACCACAGAUGUCAUGUUUGGAGGCAAGCAGGUGGUUGUCUGUGGGUAUGGGGAGGUUGGAAAAGGUUGUUGCGCUGCUCUGAAAGCUUUGGGAGCCAUUGUUUAUGUUACGGAGAUUGAUCCCAUCUGUGCCCUGCAGGCCUGCAUGGACGGAUUCAGGGUAGUCAAGCUGAAUGAGGUCAUUCGACAGGUUGAUGUUAUCAUCACAUGCACUGGGAAUAAGAAUGUUGUCACCAGGGACCAGUUGGACCGAAUGAAAAAUGGCUGUAUUGUCUGUAACAUGGGACACUCCAAUACUGAAAUCGAUGUGGCCAGUCUUCGGACCCCUGAGCUGACCUGGGAAAGAGUUCGUUCCCAAGUGGAUCAUGUCAUCUGGCCAGAUGGCAAAAGAGUUAUCCUUCUAGCUGAGGGACGUCUCCUGAACCUCAGCUGCUCCACUGUCCCUACCUUUGUGUUGUCCAUCACAGCCACCACUCAGGCCCUGGCCCUGAUAGAGCUGUACAACGCUCCAGAGGGACGUUACAAGCAGGACGUUUACUUGCUUCCCAAAAAGAUGGAUGAGUAUGUUGCUAGUCUGCAUCUGGCCACUUUUGAUGCCCACCUGACAGAGCUUUCUGACGAGCAGGCAAAGUACCUGGGUCUGAAUAAGAAUGGACCUUUUAAACCCAACUACUACAGAUAUUAAUCUGCAAAUCACCACACCUCAAACCACCUGUAUGUGGACAGUUCCUGAUAUUACCUGUCCUCCAGGCAACAGAAAGAUUUAUGUAUAUUGUAUUUUAUACUCUUCACGGGAUGCACAGCUUAUAUUUAGAUGUAUUUUAGUGGCCACGGCAGGUUUUGCUUGACUUGCUGCUUCCUACAGAUGAUGCACAUUGCACUCAGCUGGCUUUGAAAAGGUGUUGACAUUUAUUGCAUGUGUGUCUAUACCUUCAGGUUCCUCUCUGAUAGCCAUUGAAAAAUAGAUCAAUAUAUUGUGCCAAAAUAACUGUGAGAAGGGAGGGGAGGGUUACAGUUUUUUUCUGAAAUGUUAAUGGUUGGUUGUGAAAUCAUUUAAACCUACAUUACUAUUUUUUGUAUAAACAUUGUAUCAAAUUCCUCCAUAUAAUGUAAAAGGAUCAUUUGAAAAAGCCAAAACCACAAAACUCCACAGCUCAUUGAGCUUUUUAGACACUUUUAGUAGAAAAUUAGUGUAAAAUGUCUCCUUUAAGUGGGCGAUUGUUUGCUUACAGAUGAGCCAGAACAACUUCAUAAGCUGACUGUAACUCAAAGGUUUUUUGGUUUAUUUUGGGGUAUUUCUACCAUCCAGUCUUCAAAAAUGAUCCUUUAAUUUUUUUCUUUUGCUUUGAUAUUGAAACACACUUAAUACAUUCCAUCCACAAGUUACAGAGGAAAUGUCCUGACCUCAUUAGUAUCAUCACCAUUACUUCUAAUCUUCAGCAGAUCUGGGUAAGAAAAAAAGGAACUUCAGUACUUGCUGGCCAAAGCAAACAUAAGAAGUGAGCUUGACAUUUAUUUUCCUGAAAAGAAUGUGUCCAUUUAUGAGGUUUUGGUGUCUGGUAAGAAUCACAUCUGCACCUCAGGGCAUUCAAAUUUCUCAAAAUAAUUGUAAAUAUUUUUUUUUUACCAGAUCUACACUGUUUCAUUAUCCAUGUCUAAUCUCACUAUCAUUGUUAUGGAAUUACAGUAGAACUGUAAAUAACUUAAGAAAUUUUGAUACUGUUUAUGAUCGAUGUCAUCUGUAAGGUUUAGCUGUUAGGAGUAAAUGGACAUUUGCAAUUGUGUAUAUUUUGUUUAAAGCUGAGGAUUGUUAAAUACAGUUAGAUUUGUCACAGGGCUCUGAUCUUGUGUUAAGUAGAUGAUGUCUGUUUUUUAAUUAAAGAAUUUUAACAACAGAAAAGUAAACUCCUUAAAUACUCUGGGACUAGACAUGGAUAAGCUUUGUUUUCAGCACAUUUAACUAAGCAGUUGUGUUAGCUUUACCUUUCAAGUUAUCUUGUGGUAAUAUAGCUAUUCUAAUAACACAAUGUUUUUAAAAAAAAAAAAGAUUUUCAUUGUUCAAAAGGCUUAAGCACUGUUUUGUGAGGCUUGUGAAAUGCACAAAUGCACACUUCUCUAUAUUCACGUCAUAUUUUAAAAAAAAACAGCGGACAUAUUGAGUAAUGUAGUCAGUGAUUAAUUUUUUAUUCAAACAACACAGAGUCCUGGUGGUUGUGUCCUGCUGAAUUUAAAGCUCUUCAACACAUUUCUUCAUGCUGUACUAUAUGCUGGUAGUCUUUUGGUUGAUGUUACCCCGGAUGGUUGACAGUAUUGCUGUCCUACCAAUCACCUUGUUACCUGUAUAAGGUGAUGGUCCACAUGUAUUCACUAGGUAUCCUGUCACAUCAACUUUGAAAACACUUCAUCUGCAUUCACGGGUCAUUUCUGUAUCACAUUUGUGCAGUAAUUAUGAAUGAAGAAGCGUAUUCAUGUAUCGAAUAAUAGCCUACAAUGUGCUAUUGUGAAGUGCUUUCAUCUUUUCACUAACAGCUUUCAGGGCAUUAGAACCAAGGACGUUAAGUGAGGACAUUAUUGUCAGCAAGAUGAGUGCUGUAGCCAUGGUUACUGGUCAGUUGACAGUGCCUUGUAACUCACUUAGUGAUUUAUAUUCACAUGUACAACUGUGUUUCUCUCCAAGUAUGUUAAUGCCUUGGUUGUUAUUCUGCAAUAUACAGUGAUAGCUAUGCAGCACAUCCUCCUUUCUUCUGUCCAAAGUAUUUUACGUCUGCAGUGGUGGAGAAUUGAUUAAUCAGUGUUUCACAUUGCUUGAAUACUAUGCGUUUAAUUACUGUGAACUGUUUUGACAUUAGUAAGAAACAUUUUGCAUUCUGAUAUGUACUUUUACCAUUGAUUUUUAAUAAACACUUGUCAUCACACCUUUAUUUUUUGUAACAGCCAUACACUUCAAAAUCAUAAUAGCACUUGAAAAACUGCUUUCUAUCAUGAGUUCCUUUGCUUUAACCAAUAAUAAUGGUGGUUUUAACCUAGUUGUAUCCCUAAUAUAGAGACAAAUGAAUGUGCUAUUACUGGAUAACUCUUAUCAAACUGAAGUAAAUGAGCAUACUACUGUGAUUUGACGGUUGUAUAUUGUUGCAUUUGGAUGCAAGGGUGUGUAAAACAUGCAUUAGCUUUAAUGUAAGCCUAUAUUUUCAACACUGUAACUAUAGUUUAGUUUGAAGAACAAUGUUUCAGCAGAAUACAACAAAUUAUAUUUCUGUGCACUGUUUCCUUUAAUAAACCGCUGUUUAAAUUUGAAAAA